CCAUUAACCCGAAGGUGUCCCUCGUUUGAAUCGCUCUCCCUUCGACCUCCGUACCCGACCUAAUAUCACGCCUCUCCCCUUCGCCGCCGUGCAGUUAGCCGUCGCUUCAUUUCCUUGUUUUGUUUACUGUGUACAUGGGUGCGCCGCCAUGGAACAAGCGCAAACGCAACCAGCGGCUUCGUCGGUAGCCGCCAGUCUACCAGCCGACCAGUCGACACCUCAACCAAUUGCUGUCCCCGCGAAACGAGCAGCUUCCGGACGGCUAAUCAGUCGUCUGGCCGUGGAUACGUAUUCGCCGGUAAACCAGAACGGCAGUUUCGAGUUCGAUCGCGUCAUCAAGAGCGGCUACGUGCAGAAGCGCUCUCAGAAGACAAAGACCUGGAGAACUAUCUACCUCGUGCUGCGACCGAACACCCUGUCCAUCUACAAAUCGGACAAGGAGGAGAAGCUUCGCCACAAGAUCUACCUCUCGGACUUGACCGCCGUGACGCUGCUGAAGGACCCGAAGAACAAACGACAAAACGUGUUCGGCCUGUUUUCGCCCUCGAAAAACUACCACUUCCAGGCCCCGACGUUGAAGGAUGCCCAGGAAUGGGUUGAUCUGGUGCGCCAGGAUGCUAGGAUAGACGAGGAGGAGGAUGAGAUGUUUCUGGCGAGCCCAGUGGUUCAUCGGCCUUCCUUCUUCCAGGGCGCCCGGUCCAGCGAGGCCGAGCCGACCCGCAUCCUAGCGUCGCCCGACCGUUUCCCAUCGAGCUCACCCGAACCCCCCGACCCUCCAAUACGCGGCCUCGGGAAGUCGUAUGCGCGGCGGCCGUCGCAAAUGGAGUCAUCGGGUCUUUCGGGCGCCGACCUGGCGAGCCCCUCGGAUUUCUCCGACUCGGACGUGCACCGAAUUCCAGGCGCAUCGUUUGAGAGCCUGGCGGUGCAGCAUCCAUCGACGUCUCCCGGGCCAUCCAAACCCGCCUUAGCAGCUGUCGGCGCUCACCGCAUCAGCGUCAGUCACCACGAGGCCGACCCGGACCGCGUCAUCUGGCAGGGCUGGAUGUGGUUUCACAGGAGCAAGGGCGGUGUGCGGCAGUGGAAGAAGUCGUGGGGCGUGCUGCGGCCCAGGAAUCUCAUCCUCUACAAGGACGAAGCCGAGUCGUCGGUGGUGUUCGUCCUCUACAUAUCGUCCAUCGUCAACGUGGUCGAUACGGACCCCUUGAGCCGGACUAAAAGGCACUGCCUGCAGAUCAUCACGGACGAGAAGAGCUACCGGUUCUGCACGCACGACGAGGAAGAUUUGGUGCAAUGUCUGGGCGCCUUCAAGAGUCUGCUGGCGAAACGGCGGGAACUGGAGGCCAAGGCCGGGACUGCGAGCGCGACUGCGAGCGCUGCGCUGGCGGCCACGACCGCCACGACCGCUGCCACCACGGUGACCGCGACCGUGGCCGAGGCUCGCUUGCCACCGGCCUAACCAUGGCUUU